UUGGCGGAGCGCGGCGCAGCGCGUGGGCGCUGCAGGGAGUCGCAGGCUGCAGCAUCGGCCGCUCGCGCUGGGCCGGGCAGCCUGCCGCUGCCCUGAGGAUGGGGUUGCGUGGGAGAAGGCUCCUGCCCUUGCUGCUGGGGCUGCUGCUGGGCCCUUGGUGCACAGGCUCCUCCCCACCUGAGCCCUGCCAGACCUGCCGGGACCUCGCCAGCAGCUUUCUCAAGGGCCUGGAGCGGACUGAGCGGGAGAAUUGGGGAGGGAACACGGCCUGGGAGGAGGAGAAGCUGGCGAAAUAUGCGCACAGUGAGACGCGCCUGCUGGAGGUGCUGGAGAGCGUGUGUGGAAAGUCGGACUUUGCGUGUCACCAGCUGCUGGAGCAGAGUGAAGAGCACGUGGAGAGCUGGUGGUUCCAGGGACAGCAGCAGCACCCUGACUUCUUCCAGUGGCUCUGCAUGGACAUGCUGAAGGUCUGCUGCCCACCUGGCACCUAUGGCCCUGACUGCCUGCCAUGUGCUGGUGGGCACCAGCAGCCGUGCAGCGGGAAUGGUAAAUGUGACGGCGAGGGGACACGUGCGGGCACUGGCCUGUGCAUGUGCAGCCCAGGCUACGGCGGCUCCUUCUGCUCCGAGUGCGCGGACGGCUACUAUGAGGCAGCCAGGAACGAGAGCCACCUGGUAUGUGCUGAGUGCUACCAGGCAUGCGGGCGCUGCUCAGGGCCAGAGGACUCCAGCUGUCUGCGCUGCAAGAGGGGCUGGGCGCUGCAUGAGCACAGGUGCAUUGACAUCGAUGAGUGUGGCACGGAGAUGGCGCACUGCCGGCCCAACCAGUUCUGCGUCAACACCGAGGGCUCCUACGAGUGCCGAGACUGCUCCACGGCCUGUGUUGGCUGCAUGGGCGCCGGGCCUGCCCGUUGCAAGAGGUGCAACAAAGGCUACCAGAGGGACGGAGCAAAGUGCCUGGACGUGGACGAGUGUGCCAGUGUGCAGGAACCUGUCUGUGCCGGGGCCCACGAGGUCUGUGAGAACACGGAUGGCAGCUACCGGUGCGUGUGUGCAGAGGGCCAUGUGCGCAGGGAUGGCGAGUGCGUGGAGGACAGACCCCCAGACACCCCGGCAAAGGGCUUUUUUGACGAGGUGACGGAGGACGAGGUGGUGGUGCUGCAGCAGAUGUUCUUCGGCGCGGUGAUCUGCGCACUGGCCACGCUGGCCGCCAAGGGCGACAUGGUCUUCACCGCCAUCUUCAUCGGGGCGGUGGCAGCCAUGGCUGGCUACUGGCUCUCGGAGCGCAGUGACCGCGUGCUCGACGGGUUCCUGAAGGGCAGAUAGUUCUGGGCGGGGGGCUCCUCCCUGCCCCCCACCACAGGGCCUGGGAGGGCGAGGCCCUUAGCACCGGCUUGGGGACUGUCCCUGUGAUGGGGAGCAGGGGGCGCCUGGCUCCAGGGGGCCCCAGGACUGCGGGGGUAGGGUGGGAAGCCGGUGGGGGUCCUUGGCUCUGAGUGGCCUGAGGGACAGGGGGCCCCAGGAUUGAGGGUGGGGUGGGAAGCCGGUGGAGGCUCCUGGCUCUGGGUGGCCCCAGGGGGUGGGGUGAUGCAGGGCAGGAUCUGGCGCCCCCUGGCCAGGCCUGUGCCAGGGUUCUCAGAAAGUCGCUUUCCCGUUGGAGAUGUUCUGUCCAUGUGUAUCCCACUCGCGGUGCAAACGCUUCAUGCCGUGUAGCUGGGGCUGUGCCCUGUGUGCCCCCCCUCCAGCGCAUGGGACUGCAGGGCAGGUGGUGGUUCCCGCUGGCGGUGCCCAAUCAGCAGGCAGGCCACAGGAGACCAAGUGCAGCAGUCUGAAGAUGUCAUCUGCCCAGUCAGGGGCCUGGUGUCUGGCACAGCAAUGGGCAGUGUGCCAGGGCCCCCCAUGCAGAGAACAGCCUGCCGACUGGGGGAACAGGGGCUGCUGUCCGGGUGCACGGGCUGCUGAUACCGCCUGGUGCCACUCCGGCAGCCUUUGGCGGGGUGGCCAGGAGCUUUGUCCCAUGCAACAGGCAGGGACUCGUCUGACGGGUUUGGUCCCGUUGCCUCUCACGCUGUCUGGGGUUGGAGCUUUAGGAAAGACACCAGGGAGGGUGGCUGGCCGAUUGACGUGGAGCGUGCCCACAUCUCCACCCGUGGUGCAGGGCAGGCCCGUGCCAGCUGAGGGAGAUGUGAAGAGAGCACUGCAGCAGGGGCCGGAACGGGGACCCAUCAGCCCCAGAGUCCUGCCGUGGGAUCCCCACUGAGUGUGUGGGGGUGGCAUGUUGAGACAGUCCAAGCUGCCUCGGCCAGGGACAGUGCAGAGCUCUGCAUGCAGGCUCCUGGCAGAGCUCAGCCAGCCCUCGGGUGCAGCCUGGGGCUCUGGGUGCAGAACACGGCUGUGGGUCUUGGGAGAGCGGGAAGGGGACCUGGUGGAUGGAUGAAGAGUUGCACAGUCAGGCUGUGAGUUAUACACAUUUUGGGAUGUAUGAGUAGGGGCAUUGCCAGCAGAUCGAGGGACGUGAUCAUUCCCCUCUAUUCGACAUUGGUGAGGCCUCAUCUGGAGUACUGUGUCCAGUUUUGGGCCCCACACUACAAGAAGGAUGUGGAAAAAUUGGAAAAUGUCCAGCGGAGGGCAACAAAGAUGAUUAGGGGUCUGGAACACAUGAGUUAUGAGGAGAGGCUGAGAGAACUGGGAUUGUUUAGUCUGCGGAAGAGAAGAAUGAGGGGGGAUUUGAUAGCUGCUUUUAACUACCUGAAAGGUGGAUCCAAAGAGGAUGGAUCUAGACUAUUCUCAGUGAUAGCAGAUGACGAGACAAGGAGUAAUGGUCUCAAGUUGCAGUGGGGGAGGUUUAGAUUGGAUAUUAGGAAAAACUUUUUCACUAGGAGGGUGGUGAAACACUGGAAUGCGUUACCUAGGGAGGUGGUAGAAUCUCCUUCCUUAGAGGUUUUUAAGGUCAGGCUUGACAAAGCCCUGGCUGGGAUGAUUUAGUUGGGGAUUGGUCCUGCUUUGAGCAGGGGGUUGGACUAGAUGACCUCCUGAGGUCCCUUCCAACCCUGAUAUUCUAUGAUUCUAUGAGUUCCCGUGACUGCAGCCUGCCUGAUCUCGUGUCUCCGGGAUGGGGGAAGGAAUGAGAGAAGGGCCUGGCAGGAUCCCCGGCGGGGGCCUGCCCUGGAGUGCAAUAGGGGUGUUUUGUGUCAGUCAGUGGCGAGCAGGGCAGUCCCAGGAGAGCCCCAGCUGUAGAGGGGGAUUGACACCAAGUCCUCCGGGGACCUCUCAGGCUGACCACGUGCUGGCUGCGGAGAGUCUGCCAGGCUGAUGAAUGGUCAAUGGAGAGUGGCUGGGUUAUCCUAGGGGUUCAGCACUGCUGCUGGCCAAGAGGCGGGCAGGCGUCUCCCAUCUGUUGACUGCACUGCGGCGGUGCUGUCUGCGAGGAGCUGGACCGUCGAUGAUGAAGUGGUGGUGGAUGGCUUGGAGCGCCAGCACGGCUGCCUUUGUGCCCGGAGGGCUUGGGGAGCUUGCCGUGUGGCCGUGGAAGGCUCUGCUCAGGGCUGGACGUGGGGAAUGGAGGUGGCUGCACCAGGGCAGAGCUGCGAGGUCAGGGUCCAUGUGAUCUUCGGGGGCUGGGACAUGGAUCUGAGCGGCCAGGAAGGGGUCCCAGGGAAGUCUGGCAGAAGGUGCAGCAUAUGCCCAGGAUGGUUUGUGGCCCAGUCGUUUGAGGCAGGUCCUUGGUGUGGUUUGGGAUUUGCCCUGCAGGUGGUGGUGGGGUGGGUGUCUCCCUGGGGGGGGCCCUGCUUAGCGCUAUGCAGUCUGCACUGGUGUCUGCCUGCAGCCCUAGAGGGGGGCAGAUGGGAACGGAGGGCGGUGCUGGGCAGCUGGCAGUGGAGGCCAGACACAUUCAAAUCAGAAGUCGGGCGCGUGACUGACCCCAGGAAUGGGAGGGGUUGGCCAGCUCUGGAAGCUGCUGGGCCCAGCACAGGGGUGACUGGCCUGUGCUGGACAGGAGUCAGGAAGUGAUAGAAUGGCCCCUUCUGGCCUUGGACCCUGAGUCUCUGGAGGGCUCCUGAUUUCUCUCGGCUGAGCCAGUUGACGCUGGUGGUUGUGAGCAGCCCUGUUGCCUCAGGGAGGGAGAGGCUUUGGCUCCUGCCGGCAGAGCUGUGCUGAGAACUGGUCCCCACGGGUGCACUGGGUCCCAGGGGGAAUAGCCAGAGCCACAAACCAACCUUGAGCAUCUCCAGUGAGGACGGUGGAGGCAGCGCUGAGCUUAGCUGGCUUGGUUCCAGAAUAUAACGCAGCCCCACAAAGUCUCCAGGUACUUUACUGGGGGGCAGGGGUGUCUGGAGACUGCUGCUUGUCUGUCAUGAGAAAGUCCUUGAAGAGGUGGGGAGCGGGAGUGUUUGGGGCAGAGACUGGCGGUGUCUGGGAGCCUGUUGGAAACAAACUAGCAGACAGUUGGCUGGUUCCAGAGCAAGCCCGGGAGAUGUAGGCGAGCUGAUGCCGAAUGCCGGGCGGGAGGCCCUUGCCCUGUAUGUCCGACCUGCUCCUGGCUGAGGAAGGAGGGUGAAUGCAGGUGCUCUGGAAAACAGGCUGCCAUCUGUGUGGACAGUGGGGUGCUGAGGGGCAGAUCUUUUUGGCCCUGGGUGCUGGAGUCCCUAGUCCUGGGGAUCUUGAGGUUGCCCAGAGCCCUUCAAGGCAUGAAGGAGGAGUCGCUGUGGGGACUGACUGGAGUGUGAACCACUGCAUGAGACGGAGGCUUAAAGCCUGGGGCUGCUGGGGAUCAGGCCAGACUCCACUGACUGAAAUCAGCUGGGCAUUGUGGGACCGUGAUCCUGCCCAGGUGAAGCGCUGCUGUCCGUCACAUUGCGCCUGACUUCCCGCUGGUAGGAGGAGGAGGAUGUGGCCUGGCAGGGUGAGCGUUAAGUGUGCCUGUGUGUACCUGUGGAGAGGAGCGUGCUGGACUCUGCUGUGGGUUGCUCUCUCCCGGAGGCCCUACUGCUGUGCAUGGCCAGCGCCCUGGGCAAAGGGGGGUGAAUGUCAAGCUGCUGCUGAGCCUUCCCUUGCACAGCUGUGAUCUCAGUCUGCAGCAUCUCUUCUGCUCAAGGAUCUUGAUGUCUGCUGCAUAGGGGGUGAGGAUGAAGGGUCCUUAUGUGGAGGAAGAGCCGGGCUGUGAUACUCCUCCCCAGCGACCUCCUCUUCUAACUUGCCCUUGUUUGGUGUGGGGGUGUCCCUGGGUUGGACACAGCAGGGGACCGAGAUCCUGCUCACCAUGUGGCUGAAUCAGCUGAACAGAGGCUCCUGCCUCAGUAUCUGUCCAGGUGGUCCCUUUGGCAUGAGCCUCGGUCUGGGGACCUGUCACCGUGGUGGUGGAGCACCUUGCCAUGUAAAACAUAAUUACAGGCCCAGCAAUGCAGGGAGGUGCCCUCGUGGGCACUGAGGGGACAGAGGCCCAGGCAGAGGAAGCGACUGGGAACUGACCUUGGUUUUCUGUAUCCCUGGCUGGAGCCUGCCCUGCCCCGUUGGGGGUGGGAUACAGGAGCGGGGUCCCUGCUCAAGGAUGGGAGCCUGUGGGCAGGGCCAAGUCGCGGUGGAGCUGAGCAUCCAGCAAGGCUAGGAGCUGGCUCCGGGCUAGCUGAGAACAGCAGCACUGGGCCUGUUCAGCACAAGGCCCCUGACUCCUGGGGCUCUGCUCUCUCUGGGGGCAGCAGAGCAGUGCCAGGAGCUCACCAUCUGGCAGUGCCUGGGGCCCACGAGGCAGGACCGGAUGUAGUGGCCACUCCUGGAGUCUGGGAAGGGUGGGCACCUGCCCCGGGGGAGGGGGGCUUUUAAAGAGUGCUCUGCCCUGCCCCUGCACAUGUGGCCUCAUGACCCCCAGCCAGUACUGGAGAAAGUGAGGGUUGGUCUUGGCUGAGUGCCAGGUGGGGCCCCCGACCCUAGAAAAGCAGGUUUAAUACCAGCCAUAGGGCCUGCUCACCAGACUGCCCCCAGGUCCUGUGGGAGCUGGGUGGGGUUUGGGGAGUGGGGCCAGCUGGCUGCGGCCUAGCCCACAGUGAUUGCCCCAGGAGCAACAGUUUGAGAUGGGUGCCCUGAUCUGCAAGGCCUGGCCCAGCACUUCACUCUGGUGCUGCUCAGGGCCCUGGGCAUGCCUGUGCCCUCUCCACCCUCCAGCACUGAAGGGCCAGGCACCGGAGGGGUGAAGGGGGUUAGUAUGAAUACACUCCCUGCAGCCUAGAUCCAUUAGCACUAGAGCUGUCAAGCAAAAAAAAAAAUUAAUCACUCUGUUAAUAGAAUAUCAUUUAUUAAAAUAUUUUUGGAUGUUUUCUACAUUUUCAAAUAUAUUUCAAUUUUAAUACAGAAUACAAAGUGUGCAGUGCUCACUUUAUAUUUGAUUACAAAUAUUUGCACUGUAAAAAGACAAAAGAAAUAGGUUUCAGAGUAUCAGCCGUGUUAUUUUCAGUUCACCUAACACAAGAACCAUUGUGCAAUCUCUUUAUCAUGAAAGUUGAACUUAGAAAUGUAGAAUUAUGUACAAAAAAUGCAUUCAAAAAUAAAACAAUGUAAAACUUUAGAGCCUACAAGUCCACUCAGUCCUACUUCUUGUUCAGCCAAUCGCUCAAGCAAACAAGUUUGUUUACAUUUGCAGGAGGUCACCUGAAGGUGAGAACAGGUGUUUGCAUGGCACUGUUGUAGCUGUCAUCGCGAGAUAUUUGCCAAAUACGCUAAAGAUUCCUAUGUCCCUUCAUGCUUCAGCCACCAUUCCAGAGGACGUGUCCAUGCUGAUGACGGGUUCUGCUUGAUAACGAUCCAAAGCAGCGUAGACAGGCGCAUGUUCAUUUUCGUCAUCUGAGUCAGAUGCCACCAGCAGAAGGUUGAUUUUCUUUUUAGGUGGUUUGGGUUCUGUAGUUUUCACAUUUUGGAGCGUUGCUCUUUUAAGACUUCUGAAAGUAUGCUCCACACCUCAUCCCUCUCAGAUUUUGGAAGGCACUUCAGAGUCUUAACCCGUAGGUCGAGUGCUGUAGUUAUCUUUAGAAAUCUCACAUUGGUACCUUCUUUACGUUUUGUCAAAUCUGCUGUGAAAGUGUUCUAAAAACGAACGUGCUGAGUCCUCAUCCGAGAUUGCUAGAACAUGAACUAUAGGGCAGAACGCGGGUAAAACAGCAGGAGAUGUGCCGUUCUCCCCCAAGGAGUUCAGUCUCAAAUUUAAUGAACUUUUUUUUUUUUUUAAAUGAGU